GUGCGUCGAGUGGAACUGCAGCGGCUCUAAAGCGGCUCUUCUUAUAUCAUUCAGCCUGCUCCGCUGACGGACACGCGCAUCCCUUCAUUCACCUCCAGAUCACUCUGCAAAAUGCUUCGUUUACCCAGUGUCAUGAGACAGAUGAGGCCUGUGUGCAGGGCUCUGGCCCCUCACCUGACCCGUGCAUAUGCAAAGGACGUGAAGUUUGGAGCAGAUGCCCGAGCCCUCAUGCUCCAGGGUGUUGACCUGCUGGCUGAUGCAGUGGCCGUCACCAUGGGGCCAAAGGGUCGCACCGUCAUCAUUGAGCAGAGCUGGGGAAGCCCCAAAGUUACCAAAGAUGGGGUCACAGUUGCUAAAAGUAUUGACCUGAAGGACAGGUAUAAGAAUAUCGGAGCCAAGCUGGUUCAGGAUGUGGCCAACAACACUAAUGAGGAGGCUGGAGAUGGCACCACCACCGCCACAGUUCUGGCCCGGGCCGUCGCCAAAGAGGGCUUCGACACCAUCAGCAAAGGGGCAAACCCAGUGGAGAUCCGUAGAGGAGUCAUGAUGGCCGUGGAGGAGGUCAUCAGUGAACUCAAGAAAAGCUCAAAGCCAGUCACAACGCCAGAGGAAAUCGCUCAGGUGGCUACUAUUUCUGCCAAUGGAGACACUGAAGUUGGUAACAUCAUCUCCAAUGCUAUGAAGAAAGUUGGUCGUAAGGGUGUCAUUACAGUGAAGGAUGGUAAAACUCUUCAUGAUGAGCUUGAGAUCAUUGAGGGCAUGAAGUUUGACCGUGGUUACAUUUCUCCUUACUUCAUCAACACCGCUAAAGGCCAGAAGUGUGAGUUUCAGGAUGCGUAUGUGCUUCUGAGCGAGAAGAAGAUCUCCAGCGUUCAGAGUAUUGUUCCUGCUCUGGAAAUUGCCAACCAGCAUCGCAAGCCUCUGGUCAUCGUGGCGGAAGAUGUGGACGGAGAGGCGCUCAGCACUCUGGUUCUCAACAGGUUGAAGGUUGGCCUGCAGGUUGUGGCGGUGAAGGCUCCGGGAUUUGGGGACAACAGGAAAAACCAACUGCAGGACAUGGCAGUUUCCACUGGAGGAACCGUGUUUGGUGAUGAGGCUAUGGGUCUUGCUCUUGAGGAUAUUCAAGCUCAUGACUUUGGCAAGGUCGGCGAGGUCAUUGUUACUAAAGAUGACACCAUGCUCCUAAAAGGCCGCGGUGAUGCAUCCGCCAUUGAGAAGCGUGCCAAUGAGAUUGCAGAGCAGCUGGAGUCCACAAGCAGUGAUUAUGAGAAGGAGAAACUCAACGAGCGACUGGCCAAGCUCUCUGAUGGAGUGGCCGUCAUUAAGGUUGGAGGAACAAGUGACGUUGAGGUGAAUGAGAAGAAGGACCGCGUCACUGACGCCCUGAACGCCACUCGAGCCGCUGUGGAGGAAGGAAUUGUGCCCGGAGGAGGGUGUGCUCUACUGCGCUGCAUCCCUGCCCUCGACAACAUCAAGCCAGCCAACGCUGACCAGAAGAUCGGUAUCGACAUCAUUCGCAGGUCUCUUCGUAUUCCUGCUAUGACCAUCGCUAAGAACGCAGGAGUUGAAGGCUCUCUGGUGGUGGAGAAGAUCCUGCAGAGUGCCACAGAGAUUGGAUAUGACGCUAUGAACGGAGAAUAUGUCAACAUGGUGGAAAGAGGCAUUAUUGAUCCCACAAAGGUGGUGAGGACAGCACUGCUAGAUGCCGCAGGGGUUGCGUCUCUCCUGUCCACCGCGGAAGCCGUCGUCACCGAGAUCCCCAAGGAGGAGAAGGAAAUGCCGGCUGGAGGAAUGGGAGGCAUGGGUGGAAUGGGAGGAAUGGGCGGCAUGGGCUUCUAAAUUGAAACCUGCACUGACUUUAGUAGAAGGGUUGCGGGCAGGGGACAUGAUUUGCCCCUUCCCUUCAACUUGGAAAAAAAACCCUGCCAUGCUGGUGGUCUGAAAAUGGAGCAAAAGAAAUGGACCUAACAGUCUCCCAUCCUUCCACCCUCCACAAUGUCCAAUCUUCUAUCUCUACUCGUGGCUGAGGACGAUGUCAACCUACUACUUUAAAGAUAAAGCUCCUGAUCACGUGGCCAGAGAAAGUCUGAACGCCUUCAGUUUGCAUCAUCAGCGUCUAAUGGGAAAAGUGCAUUUAACAUAUUGCUGUUGUAUGAAUGUCAUUGUGCAUAUGACUGGUUCUGAAUAAGUCCAUCUGAAGGGGCUUCAAAAGCCAGUCGUUCAUGUUGAAAUGUGGUAGGAACAUUGACCUGUUGUAUCUAUGAAAAGAAAGCAAAUUCCACUUCAUUGAUCAGUUCUUCUUGUUUUGUAAACUGUCUGUCUGUUUCAUAUAAAAAUAAAACCCUCUUUUGAGGAUUACACAA